CGGCGGUCGGGUAGUUUAGCUGUAGUUUGGCACAGCUAUGGUUCGUUUUUGCGUAUUUCCAAAUUGUCCGAACAAAAUGACCAAUUGGACGAAGCUCAGCUUCCACAGGCUUCCACUUCGCAACCCGGACUUACUGAAGCUCUGGCUAGUUGAGCUGAAAAUGGACCCUAAAACUGAAGUGAAAGCAUUGAAACGUGCGGAUCAUCGGGUUUGCAGUGCUCACUUCACGCCGGAUGACUUUUUCCCUCUAAAGCCAUUGAGAGAAGGCCAGAAAAUUCAGCGUCUGAACCUCAGGAAGAAUGCUAUCCCAAUGGCUGCAGAAGGCGCAACAGACACAACGGAGGUAGCAGAGGGGGCAGACGGAGGGUCCAUGGAAGCUGUUAAAGAGCCAGAAGCAUCAGAGGAUGUUGGAGACCCAGAAUUUGUUUGCAGAGCUUCUCCCACACUCUCCGAACAUAGAGAGGAAGAUGACUUUGUUGCUGCUGAACCGGAAAGUAAAGAAACUGAACAUAAAGAAACUGAGGCCGCUGUGCCCCCUAGUCCUGUAUCUAAAUCUCCUCUCAAUCCACCCCCUUCGCAGUCAUCUUUCUCUACAGAAGACACAGUCAGCACAGUUUUGGUUCAAGGCGGUGAGCCAGACAGCACCUCAGAGUCUGAAAAAGAGGUUACUGAGGUGAAAACAGAGGAAGACUUUGAGUUAAAUGCAGAAAAUGUGGUAGUAAAGGACAACAGCUUAGAUGAAAGUCCAGCAGGACCCGACAUCACUGAGGGCACAAAUAUGGACAAGACUUCUGAUGCCAAGAAGGAAAUAACAAACACGGAUGAAAGUGUGGACUCAGACAGCGCCACACAGAAAGAGAAAGAGUCUCUGUCCUCUAACUUGAGGAUUUCUACAGCGGACGACCUCGAUGAGAUGAUGGACAUUGGUACGGUGGAUCAGGUUGAACAGGAAGCUCAGAUGAAAGAGGAGGAACAGAAUAGUUUUAUGGAUGUGGAUAGCAGCCGUUCGCCUGCCAUUUCAAAUACAGUGGCAGGAGACAGUAACUCUGUUGAAGAGGAAACUGACGUUAAACCCACUGUGCUACCACCACUGGCAGAGGAGGACGUGAAAGUGGCUUUAGACUCGAUGCAAUCCAGCACGUCACCAUCGUCUGAAGCCACAGCGAGUACAGGACGCGACAGCUCAUCUCCAGCAACCAUAGUGAACGGGAUGAAAGUUGUUAAACUGUCAACACCGAGAUUAGAUACUGAAAGGUUACAUGCUGCUACUCGGCCAGUCAAGUCGUCUCCUUCACCACCAUUGGUCCAGGUGAAGGAUGAGCCUGUGGACGAAGAGUAUGAACAAGCUCUAAUAUCCUCUACAGCUACAGCAAGCGUGAAGGAUGAACCCGAUACGACGAAGGAGGACUUGAGGAUCGGAUCGGUCUUCUCUGUGACCCCAGCCGCCGAAACACAGACGCUGCCUGUCGUCAACCCCUCAUCAUUGCACAUGUUUUGUUCCCACUGCAAGAAGAGCCUGAUGAAAGGACAGACAGCCUUCCAGAGGAAAGGCUCGGCCGCACUGUUCUGCUCCACCGCCUGCCUCACCUCAUCUCUCCCUGCAGUCAAAGGAGUCACUAAGAUCUGCCACAACUGCCAAAAGUUGAUAUUUCGCCCUCAAGACGUCAUUCUGGCUCCAGAUGCUAAAGGAGCCAUGAAGGAAUUCUGCAGCCAGAACUGCCUGACCUCCUUCAACUACAAGAAAAAUGCCGCCAACUACAGCAAAUCCGCCGCCAGCAAAAAACCGCCGCAACCGAUAGCACCGCAGUCACUCUGCAGCAUGUGCACCAGAUACUGCGUUAGCAAACAUGAGGUGAUCCUGAGUGGUGCUGUCCAUAAGAUCUGCAGCGACGCCUGUUUUAACCGUUUCCGUACAGUAAACAACCUGUCGGUGGCCGGGUGUGCAAACUGCGGCUCGUACUGCCACAACAAACCACUCAUGCUGAAGAUGGAAGGCAGCAACAAAACUCUGUGUAAUGCAGAGUGUCUGGCCAAGUACAAAGAGAAAACCAAGAUAACCCAGGCUUGUUUGAUGUGUCGCACUACCCGGCUGCUGGCAGAUAUGGUUGACAACAGAAACAGUGAUGAAUCGGUGAACCUCUUCUGUAGCAGCAGUUGUGUGAUGGCGUUCAAGGUCCAGACUGUCAGUGCAUCAGGUGCUCGGUUGAAUUGCGAUAGUUGUGGGAAAAACACAGUACCGGCCUACCACCUAGCCAUGUCAGACACCUCCAUCAGGAACUUCUGCACUCUACCUUGUGUCAUGGCUUUUCAGGAAAAGUUCAAGAAGUCCCAGAAACAGGUCAAUGUUUUUACCAAGUUACCCAUCGGAUCCGCCCAAAUCCAGACCAUCACUCCCAUCGAGCCCCAGCGAGAUUUCUCCAAAGGAUCACAGACACUGAACUGCUCCCAGUGUACCGGAAGCAUCACUUUUAAACCUGAAGUCAUCCAGAUCAAGGACAAGAUGGUUUUCGUGUGUAACUUGGACUGUUCUCACGAGUUCAAGAAAGCCAACUAUGUGACAAGCCUGUGUGAAUACUGUAAGAUUGAAAAGAUCACCAGAGACGCCAAGAGAAUUGACAACAAAGACUGCUUCUUCUGCAGCGAUGGCUGUAAGCUCCUGUUUCGACACGAGCUGACUAAAAACUGGGGGAAACACUGUCACUCCUGCGUCUACUGCCACUCUGUGUCCAAGAAGCUGGUGACAGCUCAGUAUGGAGGCUCGACUGAAGAGUUCUGCUCGGAGGAGUGCAGGUCCAAAUACACUAUGCUCUUCUGCCAUGUUGCAAAGUGUGACACCUGCGGCCGCAAAGGGAAACUGAAGCAGAGUCUUCCCAUGCUCGGAGAGGUCACACACUUCUGUGACCUGACUUGUCUGCUACGGUUUUGCUGUGAUAAAGUGGAAACGCAGGGCGAGGUCUUCAGAGCUACAGGGGAGGCCACACCUGUCAUCGCCAACGUCAUCUCGCUUGCAGGUCCUCCAACUGGGAAAUCCAGUGCUUCUGACAGAACUGCCCAGCAAAGCACCGUCUCUAACGUUCAAACAAAGACCUUGGGACAUAUCAGUAUUCAGACAGAUACAGUGAAAGCUCAUCCUCCGCCGUCUGCCCCAAAAGUCCUGAAGAACAAGGCUCUGCUUUGUAGACCGCUGGUGCAGAACAAAGGGGUCUCUUGUAAAACACAGACCGUGGACGUCGAAGCACAGACAGACGACGUCCUCCCUAAAAUCAUGGUUGUGCCCGUCCCAGUGCCGGUGUAUGUUCCUGUACCCAUGAACAUGUACAGCCAGUGUACCCCCAAACCUGUUGGCCUGCCAUUACCACUGCCUGUACCCAUGUUCCUUCCUGUAACAAUGGACAGCGCUGAACGCAUCGUGGAUACCAUCCAGGAGAUCAAGGAAAAGAUCCCGUCUGACCCUUUCGAGGCAGAGCUCAUCCUCAUGGCUGAGAUGGUUGCAGAACAAGUUGAGAAGAAUGACAAAGAGGAGCAACCAAAGGAGAAAAUGAUGGAGAAUGAGAGAGAGAGGCAAGAAGCACCUGCUCCAGAUGACCGUGCCAGUAACUACAGUGACGACUUGGACACGGACGACUUGGCCAGUUUCCUCAACAACUGGGAGGACACCUCUGAUGAUGCAGGUCGCAGGUCUCCCAGUCGAUUGUACUCCCACGAGAAGCUCAACCCUAUUCUUGACAUUCCUGAGGCCAUGUCCAGUGAGCAUUACCCUGAGCCCCCACCUCCUGCACAGCCUGCCAUGGACAUUGAAGCUGACUUCACUGUUGAAACUCUGGAGAGGAUGGCCUGGCUUAGAGAGCAGUCCCAGAGGUCCCCGAGCCCUCCGCCUGCCGCUCCACGACGACGACAAGCUCACAGGAAAGCCAGAGAAAAGAAGGGUCGUAAGUCACAGCGUUCGUCUAAGGCAGCUGAAGCGGCGUCUCAGAGAGGCUCUUCCAACAAACCCGUAACUAUAGACACCCCAAAACUAAAGAGUCAAUACGGAGUUGACGCCUGGAAGCGAUGGAUCCAGUGGAGGCAAACUCAGCCCAACCUGGAGAAGCCACGUUUCGGUUCACGUCCCAUGGAGUUGAAGGAGGAUGUUCUUCAGUGCACCACUGCUGAGCUGAGUUAUGGACUCUGUUGUUUUAUCACUGAGGUGAAGCGACCCAACGGAGAGCCCUACUCCCCCGACAGCCUGUUCUACCUCUGCCUCGGCAUUCAACAGUACCUGUUUGAAAAUGGUCGUGUGGAGAACAUAUUCAUGGAUCGGUUCUACAACAAGUUCUCCACUGAAUUCACUAAUAUGCUGAGAGGUUUCAAACCCUCAAUCACAGCAAGUGGUUAUGUCCAUUCCCGUGUGGAGGAGGAGUUUCUUUGGGACUGUAAACAGUUGGGGGCGUACUCCCCCAUUGUCCUCCUCAACACUCUGCUUUUCUUCUGCUGCAAGUACUUUGGUUUCACUACGGUGGAGCAGCAUCGCCAGCUGUCUUUUGCCCAUGUCAUGCGCUGCACCAAAACCAACCCUAACAACACCAAGACUACCUUCCUGCGCUUUUACCCCCCAAUAUCCAUAAACGAAGCAGAGUCAGAUCCUGAGGUUCCAGUGAAGAGGCGCAAGGAGGAGGAGAGUAAAGAGGAUAUCCUGGAGAUGAUGGAGAACACAAAGAACCCUCUCCGCUGUCCAGUCAGACUGUACGAGUUCUACCUCUCUAAGUGCUCAGAGUCAGUCAAGCAGCGCACCAACCUGUUUUACCUUCACCCCGAGCGCUGCUGCGUCCCCAACAGCCCACUGUGGUUCUCCUCCACCCCUCUGGAUGACAGCACCAUGGAGGCCAUGCUCAUCCGCAUCCUCACCGUCAGAGAGCUGCAACUCAGGAAAGCGGGAGAAAUGGAGCAGACACCUGAUGACCCACCUUUUAUUCCUGAAGAGGGAAAUAGGGAUUCAGAGUGAUUGAGAGCAAUGACAACAGAAGUGACCUUUUAUUGGCGCAGCAGCUUGUGGUGUAAAUGUUUGUAGAUUAACUGAAAUGUUCAUUUAUACAUGGCCCAAUACACAGAAACAGACAGAAUAAAUCUCUCACCUACAUACCUACAGUGUGUUGAACUUCAAAGGAAGUCAUACUUCCUAAACCACAUGUUGAUCAGGAUUUAUAGUAUAUAGGUGAAACUUGGGAACUAAGAUGGAAGACUCUUUACUACUGCUCAGCAGGACACAUAGCUGUCCUUUUGUGUUUUGUCUGCUGAAUGGUUGUUUCUCAUGGAUUAUGCUUUUUUUUUCCAUCCACAUGUUAUGACUCCUAAAAUUCCUGUGAAAACUGAGAGGUUGUCUUUGCUUGAAAGAGCUACAUUGAAAAACAAUUUUGAUAUCUGUUUUUGUCAGUAAGCGUCCACCCCAAAAAGCAAAUGCAAAAUGUCCUUCUGUGAUGUAGAUGUAAACCAUCAUGUUGGGUGAUGAGUGUUGCAAAGUAAUUCUUCACAAAAUAAUUACUGGAAAUCAUUGGAAAUCACAGAUUUGUUUAUACCAAAGUGUGACUUGCAGCUAAUAUCACUGUUUAAAAAGGCUGAUAACACUAUUUUACCCCUUUUGGUGACUCAACACACUGAAAUGAACAGAGUUUGAGCAAUGAGUAACUUUUUUUGAACAAGUUAUUUCAUUCUAAGUAUCCUCUGAGACAUUGACUUUUUGCAUAACCUUGACCCUGGUACUAUAGUAAAAGAAAGUAAAGAAAUACUGUCGUUAUGUAUCUUGGUUAUAUUAACUCCCAGUCCUUAGAGUAUGGCUGCCAAGGUAUUUUCUAAUGUAUGUUCUUUUUGAAUAAAAACAUUU